GGUUAUAUUAAAUACCUCUAAAACUAAAAAUACGCUUGCCAACGUUAUACUGUAAAAUCAACAAAAUGCCAUUCAAAUGAGCAACUUUUGAGUUUCGCCUUUGCUCCUUAAAGAGCCUAAAAAUAGUUUGUUUACUUAAUUUAACGAAAAUAAGAAUUUAUUAUUUUAUGCACCAAAAAUCUAAUGCACAUAUAUCUUAAUUUUCUACAUUAACUGUAUUGACAAUAGAUUGUUUUGAAAAUGCUUUUAAUUUGCUUGAGUUAAUUUGUAAUAAUAAGCAACUAAACUCGUGGGCCACACACAAUAAAUCCAGUUGGAUUUGUUAGUGCGAAACCAAGAGAGAUUCAGCCCAUGUUAUUUUUAGGAUGAACCAAAAAUACAUUUAUUGAGUUCGAACUGGAUUAUCAUUUCGCUACCUACUUAUCCAUUUGAUUUUUUUUGUUUAAUUUUAAAUGUUCGAAAUGUAAAAGCAGGGUCAUCAUCGAAAUUCAGACAGAAGUAGGAUAUUUCCUAAAAAUGAAAAAAUCAGUAGCAAAUCAUUUUUCAUUAUGAUUAUCUGUAGCUAGAUUAAUUUUAAGUUUUAAGAAACGGUCUGCUAUUAAGGAUAAAUGACCGAUACUGAAAAGAGCAAAAUAAUGAAAAGUCAAUUUACUAUUUCCAAAUAAUUACUUUAGAAUGUAUUUUAUUCUUAACUUAAUAUGAAGUUCUUAACAGAUAUUAUGCUACUAACAAGUUAGGAAAGAAAUAAUAAGAUACUCAAGUCUUAAGUUCCAAAUUGGAAAUGGGAAUUGGGUAUGGAUUCAGAUGCGUCUUCUUAUGACCUGAGCAAAGCCUUUGAUUGUGUCUCUCAUGAAAUUUUUAUCCGGAAAUUAAAGUUAGACUAUCUGGAUGUUAAUUGUGUGAGACUAAUUGAGUCCUACCUUCAGGGCCGUGUGUCAACGGAGAGGAGCAUGGGUCAUGGUGUUCUAGAGGAUUCUGUCGUUGGUCCUCUGCUUUACAUUAAUGAUCUUUCUAACGUUUAACAUUUAAAAACUAUUCUUUUUGCAGGUGAUACUAGUAAUGUUAUUAGGUACUCCGCUUCUGAUCCUGUGUUGGACAUGAUAGGCGACAGCAAUAAAAAUAUUCAAGAAUGGUUUUUGCAUCGAAGAUUCACAAGUUAAACUUUAGCUUAAAAAGAAAUUCACUUAAUAUACCAGAUGUGGUCUCACACACAAAAUGUCUAGGAGUUACUUUAGAUGAUAAAUUAACAUGGAAAAUAAACAUAUAUAUCACCUAUCAGGCAGACUAAGUAGAAUGAUUUUCAUGAUAAGGUGCUUAAGGACAAUUACAUCAUUGUCUACUAUUUUGUCAGCCUACCAUGGUUACUUUUCUGCAAAUAUGUGCUAUGCAUUUCUGAACUGGAGCCAUUCUACCCAUCCACAAGAAAUCUUUAAGCUUCAACGGAGAUGUAUCAGAACUAUGGUUAGGAUGAGGUAUAGGGAUUGUUAUCGACAGUACUUCAGAGACCUCCAUAUACUUACAUUUCCUUGGGCCUACAUCUACCAAUGUUUGCUUUACAUUGUUGAUAAUAUCUCACAGUUUAGAACUUAUUCAUAUAUACACCAAUACAACACCAGACAUAGUAGAAAUAUUAUCACAGGCUCUCUAGAACCAGGCGAGGCUCUGACUACUAUUGCGUCCAGUUCUUUAAUGUUAUUCCAGUCCACAAUAAGAAAUCUUGAAGCCAAGAUAUUUUUUAGGAAAAUUAAAUUCUAUUUGGUAAAGGAGGCUGUUAUUCCUUUGAGAAAUAUUUGGAAAGCAAUUUUCUUUAACUGAUGAUUCUGUAUGAAAGUUUGUUCUCUUAAAGAUGUUCUGUUUGUUAUACUUUAUAUGAAUUGUCUUCAACUUUUAAUGUGUAAUAAUUUAAAUUUCUAUUGUUUUAUAUUUAUUUCUAGCCAUUAAACUUACUAUAUCUUGACUUGUACAAACAUAUAUUGUGUAAUGCAUUAAUAAAUAUUUGAUUUGAUUUUAAGUGUGUGUGAAGUAUACUAUCGAAUGCCUUAACUAAGUCCUAUAUGAUAGUUAGAUGGUUUAAAGGGCUCUUGCUGUUUCUUGACAAUAUAACUUUCAUAUAAUACUUCCAAGUAGCCUCCAACAACCUCUCAGUAUUAUAAAGUGGAACGGUCUUAAAAUACGAUAUGUUUGUAUCAAAGAUCUCUGCUGAUCAAACAACUUUUUUUAAAUAAUUGAAUUAUGUGUUUAAAGUAGGAAUUUUGAUCUUAAUAAGUAAUAAUUAAAUUUUGAGAGUUAAUCCUCAACUCAUAGAAUCAAAAAUAUCAAUUAAACAUGAAGCCUCAACUAGAAUCAAAAUUGAUAAAAUGAAAUCAACAAGACUUGCUACAGAAUUAUGUAACCUUAGAUAUUCCUAAUAAUCAAACCCACCAUCAAUAACCUAAAAAAUGAUAAAAAUUAGUCAUAGCAACACACUAAAUUUUACUCAAAGUACAUUUAAAAUAUUCAUCCUUCAUUUAAUUAAAAGAGUUACUGUCAAACCAUUUUCUACCAUUUUCUGGUUAAUCAAAGGAGGUAUUCUCACUCUUAUGGUCUUUGGUGUGGCACUAAAAUUGUUUUGUGAUGUGUUUAGUAAGAAAGACUAUUCAUAUAGCAAUCAAUAUAAGACCUGAGACUUGUUGACUUAAAACCUGAGAAAAACCUAACUCUUGCUUAAGAGGGACUUUUGAGAGAGCUGACAUUUUCCAAAUAUAAGUUAGAUCAUGAGAUAAGUCAUAUAGAGUAAAGGGCAACUAUUUUCAAGCUUCCACUUAAAAAGUCCUGUAGAGAAUAAUAAUAAUGGCUCUAUUAGGUAUCAAAUGAACACUAAAUAAAACAAUCAAAAAUGUUUGUCUAAAGGGCAAAUGCUCAUAUGGUAUAUUAAAUACCAUGACCAAAGGCAAAGGGCAACGUUUAUAAUUCAAAUACAGGACUUAUUAUAUCUGGCUCCUUGUCAUCCAGACUACACCUAGUUUAUAAAGAAUCUCGAACUGAAAAAAUAAAAUUAAAGUAAGCUGUUACGAGAGCCGUAGUUUUAUUUUUAGGAGAAGUUAUUCAGUUUUGUACCGCCGGAUAAAAAUAAUCCGUAGCCAAAGGAUAAUGUGGUCAGGGAUGGAUUAAGCUAGAUUUUUCAGCUUUUACUAGGGAUACACCUGAGGCUUUCCAGCAGAGGGUGAUGAACAAAUAUAGUUCCAUUUUCGUUUACCAAAAAGUACAAUUUCAUAAAUAUUAUUUAGCCAUGCUGUAUUUUCAGUAACCAUAAUGUAAUAUGAACAGGGAGUCUAUAAAUUUAUCGUUAAUUGGAUGUUGGUUAUUUACUCUGUGGCUCAAAAAAUCUCAUAUACUAUAAUUUUAUGCAAAUCGUACCUAAGAGGUUUUUUCCUAAAAUAAGAUUUGGCAUUUAUUAAUUUGCUUACUCCUCUCCUGUAAAAUCCACAUAACUUUCGGGUUAUUGGAACACAUCAGUACGGUUGCCAACACUGCAUAUUAUUAUCUCUCCAUCUCAGGGUGGACUCAACAACUGACUCACACCCGUACAGCACACUGUUUAGCAGUUUGCCUAAUAAUGACCAAUUUUCUAGAAUAGUUAUUAAAAUUAUUACAGUAGUAUUUAGGCUUUUUAAAGAAACUGUUCUGGACCACGGUAAUGAUGGUCGUAAAAAGUAUUAUUUGAAUCUUAAAACCAAUAAUUUAUCUUAUAUUUGAUAUAUCAUUCUGCUUUUGUCUAAUUCACAAUAAAUUCAUAUGCAACCUUAUCUUUUAACUUAUCUACUAAACAUCUGGUAUAUAAACCAUAAAGCACAAACCAAUAAAAAAGUUUCAUAAGCCUAAAAGACUGUUAAUAAAGAUAACACUUUUUGAGGAAAACAGACAUUAAUUAACUAUUUUUCAGAAUUUAUGAUCCCGAUUAAUAGCCAACAAAGUACAUUGUUAAAGCUACUAUUAUUGUUACGGUAUUAUUGUGAUGAGGGGUGUAAAAUAUUUACGUCUUAGAUUAUGAUUAUGCAUUAAACGAAAUGUUACUGGGGUUUGUUAAUUUGAAAAAGUGUUUUUCUAGUCCUAGCCAUUUGCUGAAGUUGCUGGUGCUACUUUCAUGUAUUUGCUUCUCAAUUUACCAGGUUGGGGAAUGUAUCGAAAAGCUAAUAGCUCCACCUAUCACCACUUAUUAUGGAUUUCACCUAAAUCGCAGCAUGUCUUAUCCAUCUGUAACCAUAUGCAGAAGACCGGGGUUUAAAACAAAACAUUUUCCCAAAUAUGGAUUAAGAAAAAACGAAGGAUUACUUUACCAUAACGUUUUUCGGUUUUUCAACUUUACUAGAUAUAGCAUUAAAGAUUUUUUAAACGAAACUACUUAUACUUUUGAAGAAGUUGUUGGAUUGUUGGCGUAUAAUGGAUGUGGAGGAGAGUUGGCAGCUGUCACCUGGAAAUCAUUUGAUACCAUCACCCAAGGCAAGUGCUUUACAUUUCAACCAGGUGAAACCUCCGAUAAGUUUAGCAUCAGUGGAGGGUGGUGGUUUUACAUGCUUCAUGACAUGACCCAACGGUCAGAAGACCACUUUGGUGUGUCAGAAUAUGGAACCAGCGUUUAUGUGCAUCACGAUAGUGAUAUAUUAACAUCUGAAGGCGAGCAAGAAAACAACUUCUUAGAACACAUUUACGUUGAAGCAGCGGAAGAUAUAAGAAUGCAACUAAAAUACCAAUCAUUCAGGAGGGUGAGAAGUAAAGACAACUUAUGCAUUGAUCCUGAGGAAAAUCCCGAGUAUAGUAGGUCAAAAUGCUUAGAGUUGUGUUUCCAGUAUUACGUAGCCAAUCAGACCAAUUGUACGCUUCCUUGGCUUUGGCUUCUUCCAGACGACUGGUUGCCUCAAUGCUCAAACUUUACGCAAGUUCACCGACUGGUUACUGCUUUUUUACCACAUAACCGAAAGGCUGUAGCUGCUAACUGUUCAGAAGAGUGCCCUAAAUCUUGCCACGUGACUCUGUAUACUCCAAAUAUAAUAAGCAGGAAGCAAGUGGCCGAAGAACAAUUUCCUCAUAGUUUUAUUGCAAUGUAUUAUUCUAACAAUAUCGUCACAGAAAUGAUGGAAAUGGAAGGAUAUAAUGCGAAUGCCUUUAUAUCUGAUAUUGGAGGAUCACUUGGAUUUCUCUUAGGUCUUUCAGUAAUUAGUUUUCUAGCAGUGCUAGAGGCAAUAAUAUGUGGUAUAAUUAAAAAAAUAUUUAAAAAAAAGAACGAAAAAUUAGAAGAGGGACAAAACUCGGAAACCCAAAGUAACAUCAGCAGUAACAUAAGCAGCAGUACAAAACUGGAAUCGUUGGGUAAGAGAAAUCAGUCGAUCGAUUCUCGACUCGAGAAUCUUAGGGAUUUCGACACUGAUGAAAUGAGGUGCUUUGAACGGACGUUGGUUGCUCAAGGCACAAGCAGAUACUAAAUUGUUUUAUAAAAUGUCUUCUUACCUGGAAUAAAGAAUUAAGUUUUAUAAAAGUAUAAAAAAUUUCUUUUAUCACUGUAUAAUUUAAAUAAACAAAACACCGACUACUAAAACAUAAAAUUCAUUUAUUUUUC